GGCUAACGGCCUGGUCACAUGCUCUCCAGAGAGCUACGGGAGGGCGCUGGGUAACCUCUAUCCGAGCCGCGGCGAGGAGGAGGGAAGGGGCCAGCGAGGAGGAAGAGUGGGAGGAGGGGGAAGCGGCGGAGGAGGAAGAGGAGGAGGAGGGGCGCACAAAGAAUCCAGGUCUCCAGGCGGGAGGGUGAUACCCAGAACCAUGUGUGCGGAGCGGCUGGGCCAGUUUGUGACCCUGGCUUUGGUGUUUGCCACCUUGGACCCGGCGCAGGGGACGGACUCCACGAACCCUCCGGAAGGUCCCCAAGACAGGAGCUCGCAGCAGAAAGGCCGUCUGUCCCUGCAGAACACAGCGGAGAUCCAGCACUGUUUGGUCAAUGCCGGGGACGUGGGCUGUGGUGUGUUUGAGUGUUUCGAGAACAACUCUUGUGAAAUCCAGGGUUUACAUGGGAUUUGCAUGACGUUUCUGCACAACGCUGGAAAAUUCGAUGCCCAGGGAAAGUCAUUCAUCAAGGAUGCCCUGAGGUGCAAGGCCCAUGCCCUGCGUCAUAAAUUUGGCUGCAUCAGCAGGAAGUGUCCAGCAAUUAGGGAAAUGGUUUUCCAGUUGCAGAGGGAAUGCUAUCUGAAGCAUGACCUGUGCUCCGCAGCCCAGGAGAACGUCGGUGUGAUUGUGGAGAUGAUUCAUUUCAAGGAUCUCCUGCUGCAUGAGCCCUAUGUGGACCUUGUGAACCUGCUGCUGACCUGCGGGGAAGAUGUGAAGGAGGCAGUCACCCGCAGCGUCCAGGCUCAGUGUGAACAGAGCUGGGGAGGCCUCUGCUCCAUCCUGAGUUUCUGCACCUCCAAUAUACAGAGACCUCCCACGGCAGCCCCAGAGCAUCAGCCCCUGGCAGACAGGGCUCAGCUCUCCAGGCCUCACCACCGGGACACAGACCAUCACCUAACAGCCAACAGAGGUGCCAAGGGUGAGCGAGGGAGCAAAAGCCACCCGAAUGCCCAUGCUCGAGGCAGAACCGGUGGCCAGAGCGCUCAGGGACCCUCUGGAAGCAGUGAGUGGGAGGAUGAACAGUCUGAGUAUUCCGACAUCCGGAGGUGAAAUGAAAACCGGGCCAUGAAAGCUUUCCUCCAGGCUGUCCAUUUUCUUAUCUAUGGACAUUCCAAAACAUUUACAUUAAAGAGGGGGGAUGUCACACGCUGGAUGUGUGCAAAUUGUGGACUUCGUGCAGGUGUGUGAACAGGUGAGAUGAAGAUUCCCGGGCAGCAAGGUCUCGAGUGCCUGGUGGGUUGGCACCUGUGUAAGCUUAUUGGCGGGAGUGUUGUAUUGAAUCGGCCGUGUAACUGUCUCUUCGGUCUGUGGAGUUAGUUGGUGGCUUAAGUAUGGUCUGUUGGGGGGAGGUCAGCCGGGGAGGGAAGGGGCCACAGGUGGGUGGUAAACCCUCCCCCACAGUUCCCAGUACUGUCUGCACAGAGCAGGGGCUGGGUUCUGGGGUAGGGCUGAGUGGAGAUACAGCUGACAAGGCAGAGAGAGCAGAGAGGAGGAAGGGCUUAGCCCCACUCAGUCCCAAACCGGAAGUUUAGUGUCGUGCAUGGGAUCUAGUGUUUCAGAGCUGCUGGAGGGGACAUGGAUGGUACAUUUUCUGUGUGUCAUUUCUGAGCCAUUGUUCUGUCUGGGGGACACUGAAGGAGUGGCCCUGUUUGUUUAUUUUUGACCACUGUUUCAAGUCUCCAUUUUACUUUUUUUUUUUUUAAAUCAACUGACAUCUAUGUGUCUGUCAUCUAAAUAAAUGGCUUUCAAACCA